ACAACGUUGAACCUGCCAGGAGCAAACAAAAAGCCCCACCGGUCACACACACAAAGCAGAUAGACACACACAAGACACAGCUCAAAUACUGCAGUUUCUUCUAUCAACAUUUCCACUUUCCCACAGCAUGUUAGUUCUGAAGGUUGUUUUAAUUUAUUUUCUUGGAACCAGAAAUGGGGAAAGAGACACUGGAGUCAGUGGAAUUACAGCAGGGAGGGAUAAGUCUUAUGAUUCAUCACUAACCAAAGGUUUUGUGAACAGAGCGAUAAUGUUACUGAAUGGUCUAGCUAACCCUGCAGUUAGAAACAAUCAGCUCUACAAGUGGUAAAUUUACAGAGGCUCUGCUGCUGAUUAUGAAAUAAAAGCACAUUACUGAUAGGGAAAAUUUGCCCCCCCUGUCCAGCCUAGGUUAUUAUUUGCUUGCAGCAUUUAUUGUAUUAGGCCCAAAGGCCUAUAGUCUAGACAACUGUUAUAUAUAAAGCCAAGGUUUGCAUUUCUGCUUUUAAUAUGUUUAUCUGUACAGAGGGCAUUCAGGGAAAAUGAGGAACCAAAAGAAGGAAAUGAGAUAGGAGUGUUCAGCUUGUUUUUGCUUUCUGUAUGAAUUUUAGCUGGCAUAAGUAACCGCAGAGAAAGGGUCUUAAGACUGGCAGACCACCAACGAAAACUGCCCAGAAACAAUGAAAGGAAAAACCAUAUAUGGAAGAAGAUUGCAGUAGCUUGCUUAUGUUAUAAGUGUUACUCCCAAAUAAGGGAAUUUUAAGAAAAUGCUAAUUUGCGGUUUUAACCUAUAUAAGUGUGAUAAGAAUUGAAACAGGCAGAGGGGAGCUUAACCCUUAUAGGGGAAUACGCUACCUCUCUCCCUGCAUGCAUGCUUGUACUCUAAUAAAGUGCCUCAGGCUGCCUGAUUCUAAAUUCAAAGGUGUGGUCAAUUUUUUCCACAACAAUUUGGGGGCUCGUCCGGGAUCCACAGAUGACAUCCCUGGAUCGGAGGACCGCGGGCGGUUCCCUUCCAGACCCCGGGCCCAUCUAACAGAUUUAUCCAUUCACAGGUUACAGACGCCCUACCUGAACCUGCAGAUACUGCAUGCCACCCAUUGCAGCCCGGUGAUUGGGUCUACCUUAAAGUGCACCAACGGAAAUCCUCCCUGGAACCUCGGUGGAAGGGCCCUCACCAGGUGCUGUUGGUUACUCACACGGCGGUCAAGUGCCAAGGAUACCCACGUUGGGUCCACGCCUCUCACUGCAAAAAGGUUGCCCCACCUUUGGAUCCCACUACGGCACCCUUCGUUCCUAAGGUUCAAAAUCAAGUCACUAAAAAGGACUAUAAUCCAGUAGGAAAUUCUUUUAACACCUAAGCCCCAGGACAAGGAGCCAAGAUAUAAUCUCAGGAAAAGACUUUAACGGAGAACUAGGAAAAGACUUAUUUCCAAUCUGUUAAGAGACUCAUUGCAAUGGCUGAUCCAAGAGCAAAAAUCAAAGAAUCAGCCAUGGUACGAAAGUGGCUUAUGCCGUCCCUUUGGUUUAUUUGUGUAACUAUGUUUUUUUUAUUGCUUUUGAAUCUUCAUGAUACCCUUAUGUUUUUUUGGAUGUCAGGGAAAGUUAAUGCGCCCGUUACCCCGAUCCCUAUAACAUCUUUAAGUCCCCCCUUACGAAAGACCAAACCGAUCUUGUACAAAACAAAACCAACCCCACCCACGAAGCCAUGUCCAGCCCCAGUAAAGAAAAGGCUGGCGCGGUCGGCUGAGGUGAGGAAGGGAAUUACACCUUUGACCAUGACAGAUAUAGAGAAUUGGCCCUGGUAUAAAAGACGCAAUAUAGUCCACUGGCAGGGGGGAACAUGUGGAAUAUAUUCUUGGGAAUGUGGUACCGAAUGGCUGGCAGGAUUUAUCCCACAAGCUGCACAUUGUACUAAGGGCCAAGUACCAUACCCAUGUCAAACUAUUCCCUACUUGUUAUCGGAACCUAAUCCUUCCUUUUCAACAGCCCCAACAAGACAAAUUGUUCCUACCCUCCAUCCCCGCCCCCACCAAGGACACAACAUGACCUUUGACGAUUUUACAUGGCCUAGGCCCUCUUCUAUUAGCAAUUUAUUUUCUUAUUGUUCAACCAAAUUAAUUUUUUUUGCUCAAGGCCACCUUUACCAGCGGGUAAUGGAGUGGGAACCUUUGGGAACUGUACGUGUUCAUUCUAUUAACGUUUCUGUUUAUUAUAAUACCACACCCGCAAAAACCGUUUCCUUUAUGCAACAGUGGGGAAAGGAUACAGAUGCAAUGUUAUUCCCUGGCCUGUGUCAAACCCUUAAUACCCAGGGUACCUUUUGUUUCCUAAUCACCCAGGUGACAGUAGAUGCUGUAACCACCCAUAGACGAUGUUCCACGCAAACCAACUUUUUGUGCAACGAAACUUUCCCUCUCACUGAAAAUAUUACAUGUACUCUUGUUCAAUUUACCCCUACACAUACUGUUAACGAGACCAUAUCUAAGCAGGGUGUACAAGUCCACCCCCAACAGUUGUGGUAUGAACCUUUGGAAACUACUGAUCCCGAGGGAUUUAAAUGGACUAUACUUAAUGCCACAUUAGGGACUAUUAGGUUUAUAUUGUCUUUGACUCAUUUUCAAAUUGCCACCAUUUAUCCUAAUUGUACCAGGGGGGCGGCCAUCCCACUAGUAUUACAACGUGUUUGGAUCCAUAAGUCUAGGAAAAGGAGGGAUCUUCCUAACGCAUUGUGGAAGGGGGCAAAUAGUGUUGCCUCCGCUUGGAGUGUCUAUAAGACCUAUCAACAUGAAAAUAGAUUGGGACAAUUGGAACAAGCAGCGGGUUUUAUUACCGGGGCACAGAUCACUGGGAUCAAGGCCGGGGUUGGAGAACUACAUUUAAUCUCCACCCUUAGUGUCAUCACCCACGACAUGUUAAGCCAAAUGAUCCGGAGCGUUUCUGAAGCUGGGAAGGCAUCGCAGUGGGACCACGCAUGUGCAGAGGUACAAGAAUUCCUUAAUGCCCAAUUAAAUUCUAUUCAAGAAGACCUCAAGCACCAAACUUGGCCCACUGCCCUUACAGAUACUUCGGGCGUGCCACCUGACUUAUGGCCAUGGAAACAUACAUGGAGAUUCUCAGGAUGGAAUUGCUUAAGCUCAUAUUGCUCCUUCCAGGCUUAUGGUCCUGUGAAAGGUGUUUAGGCCCCCACUUACCGCAUUC